AUGUCAAAGGAAAGUCAAAAGGGAACUUUCUUCGGGGCCUUUACACCGGGUAAAACCCCUAGAAGUACAACCCCGCAGCCUGACAUCGGUACGAAAGAGCUCCUCCAACGUUCUCGAGGUGAGGACCAUACAGUCUCACAUAGACAUGGGCUGAGUCCCCGUCGCUACCCCAAGGACUGUCCUCCUCUUAAGGUUAGGUGGUUCUAUGCUGUGGAUUCGCCCAAAUGGAAACCUGGGCUCCGGGAUCAAAAGGGUGACACAAAACCUUUAGCGCCCCCGAAGAAGUUUGUCCCGUUCAUAUCCAGAGACUCCCAAGCCAUAGAAGAUGCAUUUCAAGCACUUCUACGGACAGAUGCCGAGAACGAGCACGACUCAUACAACAGGUCGAUAGGAGAAGCGUCUUCCGAGCCGACCAAGGUUCCUGUGAACGAAGACUCGCUUUUUGAUGUUAUUAUUGAACAAAGGGAGCUCCGGCCAGCCUACUGGAUAGGUCCAGUCUACGAAGUCCGUCGCGGAACUUGGUUCUUCCAAGACGGGUCGACAAUUAAACCAUGUGAAGAAAAUUUAGCUACCCAACUUGAAGAAGGUUACCUCAAGUCAAAGCCAUGGCGGUAUACAAGCCCUGCCUAUUCUUCCAAGUUUCCUGUGAGAACAAAUGGUAGUGAAAAAGGACCCGGAUCUUCCAAUGACUCUGAGAAUGCGGGACAUACAACUCCUGUGCCUAGAAGUGAACCUGAAGCGUACCGUCUGUUUGGUGCCUAUAUGAAUAGUAUAGUGACUUAUCAGGAUUCUAAGACGGCGUUAUUGGUGAACGAUGAUUUUAUGUCCAGGGUGAGCACAACGGUCUAUCAAAAGCUAGGUGGCGUUCCAGGUACGAAGCUCGUACGUGGUUAUAUUGAAACUAAAAAACAAAAAGAGGCGGGGCAUGAGACUUGCGUCGAAACGAAAUCAUCUGGGGACGAGUUACAGGACGUCUUGCCUGAGGAUACUCAAGAAAAGUUAGUUUCACAGAUGGCUAGACCAUUUACGUCUCGUUACCAAACAUCAGACGAUGAAAAUAUCUCGCUCGAGGAGAAACCGACUGUUGAGCAGCGCGUUUCGACAGAUAUGGUUGAGCUUGAAGAGCGAGCACGCAAGCAGGAACAAGAGGAGAUGGAGGAGUCCAGGAAGGUUGAGGAUAAAGAUCGGGGGAUCGAUCACCUAGUUUUGGUUACUCAUGGAAUCGGCCAGCGACUUGGCAUGCGCCUGGAGAGUGUUAACUUCAUACACGACAUCAACGUUUUGCGCAAAACUCUAAAGAGUGUCUACAGAGCCUCUCCUGAUCUUCAGGCUCUUAACUCGGAUUUUCCGGACAAGCAUGAAAAUUGCCGCAUCCAGGUUCUCCCAGUAUGCUGGAGGCAUCUUUUGGACUUCCCAUAUCAAAAGGAGCACCAAACCCGUACAGAAUUCGAUCUGGGUGAUGUGAAAGGCUCCGAGAAAGCCCCAUAUCCAAGCUUGUCCGAUAUCACACUUGACAAUGUUCCUGCUGUCCGAGGCCUCAUUUCAGAUUUGGCGAUGGAUGUGCUUCUAUACCAAAGUGAUUACUGUGAGCAUAUCUCUCGGAUAGUCAAACAAGAGUGUAACCGGAUCUUGGACCUUUUUAAGAAGCGAAACCCUUCUUUUCGGGGCUCUGUAAGCCUUUGUGGGCAUUCGCUUGGUAGCGCCAUCCUUUUCGAUAUCCUCUGUCAUGAACAGCAAAACUCACGGCCUACUGAAGCCUCGCAUCGUGGCUAUGACGAGGCAUGUCACAAAGUGAUACAGGGCGACUCUUUGAGCUUUGACUGUGAGGAUUUAUUUUGUUUGGGGUCUCCAAUAGCACUGUUUCAGAUGCUCAAGGGGAAAACCAUUGCUGGGCGACCACAUAGGUACUAUGCAUCAUCAAACCGUCCUGAAGGCGAGGCUGUGACUGUCAAGUCGCAAACCAGCUCUUCUGCGCCUCAUGGUCAUGGGAAGGACACGCUUCAACACCACACUCUGGCUUCGAUAUCCUCUCCAAAAUGCCGACAAUUGUUCAAUAUUUUUCAUCCGUCUGACCCGGUUAGUUACCGUCUAGAGCCUCUCAUUUCACCAGCAAUGUCAUCACUUAAACCCCAGCCAUUGCCGUCAGUCAAGAGAGGGAUUUGGACGACAUCGGGUCAGAGUCUCUCAUUAAUUAGCAGUCGUGUCGGACAAAGUGUGGGGUCAUUGUGGACGAACUUCACAUCCGGUGUCGCAAGCAGUUUGCUUAACCGCAGCCUUGGCCUUACUUCAGAGGAAACCGCAUCCUCCGAGGCAGGCCUUAAUUCAACUCUGCAUGCCCAGAAAACACUUUCAUUAGCCUCUGACCCCGACUCUCUUCAUCAAACAGAAGAUCUCAGAAAUCCUACGCUCAUUGACUCGAAUUUAGAAACACUCUAUGAGGGUUAUCGUAAGGCCGGGGAGCGCGGCAAACCGAGGGAUUCCCAGAACAAUUUAGGGGACACUUUUGAAUCACUUGGGAACGAUCAUCAUGGGAGGAGGCUUAUGAUUGAAGAUGCAAAAGUGAGGGCUUUGAAUUCCAACGGAAGGGUUGACUAUAGUAUACAAGAGGGGGCCUUCGAUAUAUCAAUGAUUGCUAGUAUUGCUAGCCAUCUAAGCUAUUGGUCUGAUGAAGACGUGUGCCAUUUCAUGAUGUCGCAGAUGCUUUGUAGGAGAUCGAAGGAGCAGCAUAGCCAAUCUGGGCAUGGUAUCGCAUGCUGA